AUGGCCAAGGUUUUCACCGUACCGGAGGUGGCGAUGCAUAACAAGAAAGAGGACCUCUUCAUGAUCAUCCAUGGCAAGGUUUACGACUGCACGGACUUCGCCGACAAACAUCCUGCAGGGCAUGAAAUCCUUUUGGAAGUAGCCGGGAAAGAGGCCUCGGAAGCCUUUGAGGAAGUUGGGCACAGUGAAGACGCGAAGGCAAUGCUUAAAGAUCUUUUUGUUGGAGACUGCAUCCCUCCGGUCAGUCAAAGUAACAUGUCUCUAAAACUUCUCAGAGCUCGACAUGCGCCAGUUCCUAAUAUCAUGAUGAAACUGAUUUCUGACGAUCUCUAG